AUGACACCGAGCAGACUGGAAGCUCAGCAGUGGAUCAAUGAGUGGGAUUUCCCGGUAUACCUCCCGUUCCGAAGUCAACACCGACUUAAAUGUAGUUCAUGUACUCCGACAGGCUCGCAGAAGCAUGCACUACUUGACAUCUUUCGUGAACAAACGCAGUCUGAAUCAGCAGCCAUAGAGAAAGUAUGCCAAUGGACAUACUUCGAACAUGUAGUGUUCCAUUUUGUAGGUACCAACGAACAUACGACCCCACCCACACAAGCAGGCGUACAUCCAUACGGCUCCAAAAGUACUUUCGGAGAUUGCAUCGGUAUUCGGUCAUCUUCACUCGUAUACUACUACCUCGUUUCGGUUCCAAAGUCUCCGGCUGCUGCCGCAACUGGAAAACUUCCCGAGGACCCCAGAGUCAGCGAUACUUAG